GCCAGACAACACCAUCCAACGACAAGGGAAGCCAUGUCGCCAUGUUUGUGGUUUGUAGAUCGAGAAAAACCACCUUUCUUGUAGUAAUAGUCUGUAUAUUAUCUCUCGUGAUUCUUUUGGAGGGUAAAAGCAAAAGCAAAUGCACUUGCUGGAGGGGCCAUUGCGACGGUUUGACGGGCGCUUGUGUUUGCAAAGACGGAUGGUUUGGAGAACGCUGCCAGUUCUGUCGGCAAAGGCUUACAGCUGAUAGCGGAGUUAUUACUGAUGGCCCAGGAGAAUAUGAAGUGUCAUCUACAUGCAUGUGGCUCAUAGAGUCCAAAAGCCCCAAUUCAAGCAUAGAGCUUAGCUUAGAACAGUUUGCUACAGAGUGUAGCUGGGACAAUUUAUAUGUGUACGAUGGUUCCUCAGUACAAGCACCUUUGCUAGCAGCAUACAGUGGUGUUUUAAGAGACAACAGCAGCAUUGAAACAUUAAAAAGUCCAAUCAGAACACUAAGGUCUUCAUCAAAUACAGUAUACAUCUGUUUCUACAGUGAUAAACAUAUUAAAGAUAAUGGAUUUAGAAUCAAAUAUAGUGUUUUAAGAGAAUGCCCAUCAACAUGCAGUUUCCAUGGCAACUGCAACUCUCUUGGAACAUGCACAUGUAAGCCAGGAUGGAGUGGGCCUACGUGUAAUGUAUCAACAUGUACAUACUCUUGUGUUCAUGGUACAUGUAAUGCUACGACAUUGUCAUGUGACUGUCAACCUGGAUAUUCAGGUCCAUCAUGUAAUAGUACCAGCAAUUAUGGCUUCUGGAGUAAGCAUACUGCUGGAAACCAAGAUAUUAUUCAAGGACGAGCAUCUCAUGCAGCUGGGUUGCUAGGAGACUGGUUAUGGGUGUUUGGGGGUUACUCAUUGACCAGUAGGCCAUUUAAUGAUCUUAUUAGGUAUAGUUUUUCUACAAAUAAUUGGGAAAUAGUUAGUUAUUCAGGUGAAGGUCCAAGCAGAAGAUAUGGACACUCACUUGUUGCAUGUAAUAAUUCUAUUAUCAUAUUUGGAGGAGUUUCUCUUGAUGGUCAUACGCUCAGAGACCUUUGGCACUUUAACAUAAUAACUAAAGGAUGGAAGAGGGUUAAGUUUUCAUUAGAUAGUUCGCUCCCCAUUGCAGUAUCUGGUCACUCGGCUACUCUUGUAAAUAAUAAAAUGAUAGUGUUCUUUGGGUAUGGUCCACAAUAUGGCUAUACUCCAUAUGUACAAGAAUUCGAUUUAGUAACUGAUAAAUGGAUAAUCUAUAGACACACCUUAUCAAGGAAAGGAACAUAUGGACACAGUAGUGUAUAUGAUCCUAUCUCUGGUUUAAUAUAUGUAUAUGCUGGCACUUCUAGUAGCAUAGCUGAUAAAGGAGUAUCAGAUGAUUUACAUAGCUAUAACCCUGUCACACACCAGUGGACCAAGCUAGAGAGCAGCAGUGUAGCGCAGUAUUUACAUUCAGCAGUUUUGAUUGGUCACCUUAUGUUGGUCUAUGGUGGUAAUACUGCAAUAUCUUCAUCAGCUGCUACAUGUUUUGACUCCGUUUUUCUAGCCUAUGAUUUAAUUUGUGGCAAGUGGAUGACCAUGCCCAAAUCAGCACUGCCAAUCACCUCUCAUGGAAGCCUUGGCCAAUCAGGCUUCAUUUAUAACAGAAAAAUGUUCAUAUUUGGUGGAUUCAAUGGAGAGAUGAUAAAUGACUUGCUGAGCUACUCACUAGGUGACUGUUCUGCAUGGAAGAACAGAACUACUUGUCUUGCAGCCCACUCUUUGUCUGGCUGUUUUUGGGAUCCUCUAAGCAAUCAUUGUGUUAGCCCGUCUGAAGGUUUUAUCAGCAAUGAUUCCUUUGAAAGACCAAGAUGUAAAAAUUUGUGCAAUGCUUCAGGAACAUGUAAUGAAUGUAACUCUCAAGGAUUGCAGUGCAAGUGGUGUGAUAACAAAUGUAAGGAAAAAGAAGAUUUCUGCAAUAAAUCUCAGGCUUGUAAAUUAUCGCAAAAUCCACACUGCAAGGGUGAGAGCUGUCAGAAGUUGAAUUGCGAGAACCACCAAACCUGCCAGAAAUGUCUCUCAAAGACUUCUCGGCAUUUACUGUCAAAUCAAUGCAUGUGGUGUGAGGCACAGAAGCGAUGCGUUGUUGAAAAAAGCUAUAUUGUAUCAUUCCCAUAUGGUCAGUGUAAUCAGUUGGUGACCGAAGUAGAACAGUGUCCUGCUGUAAAGUGCAGGAAUCAUAAGUCUUGCAGUUCCUGUCACAAACUACCAGGGUGUGGCUGGUGUGACGAUGGUUCUGGUACAGGAAUAGGACGCUGUUUGGAUGGAGGAUCCAGUGGGCCAUUUUUAUCAAAAAAUAGUAUUAUGCCUGAAACCUGUACAAACUGGUUUUUCAUCAACUGUCCAGCCUGCCAGUGCAAUGGUCACAGUUCUUGUGAUAGCAGAAAUAAAUGUAUCAAGUGUCAACAUAAUACUAGAGGACACCACUGUCAGUUUUGUAUUGUUGGUUUCUAUGGUGAUCCUACCAAUGGUGAUAAAUGUAAAGAAUGCUUGUGCAAUAAACAUGCAAAAGAAUGUCAUCCUGUCACUGGCAAAUGCGAUUGUCUGGUCAAAGGCAUCCAAGGACACCACUGUCAAAAGUGUGUCGAUCCAUUUCAUGGAAAUGCAUCCAAUGGUGGAUUGUGUUUUUAUCGACUGCAAAUCAAUGAUCCUAUAUCAUUUAACUUCUCUGGAAAGACUAACAUUAAUCUUGAAUUCAAACCAGUACUGAAGGAGCACGAUAUAGAGUUCAUGGUUGCCAUUUCACACGGCCCACCUGCAAAGAUUAAUCUUACCUUCCUCAUAAAAGAUCUCAGGUCAUCAACACAAAAAGAAAAGCUCAUCUUUAAAGGCUACAGACUAGGGAAGCUAAACCAAAAAUUUUCUCAAAGAGAAUAUGCAUUCCACAAGAAAUAUGUGACCUUUAGAGCAUACAUCUACAAUAUUGACAAGAGUGCCCCUGUAACGAUAACGGCAGUAUUUACUCAGCCUUCGUCUUUAAACAUUGACUUAUUAGAAUUCUUUCUGACUUUCUUUGGGUGCUUUCUGUCUUUGCUGUGUGUUGCUAGUAUUGGCUGGAGGAUCAGAAGUCGUUACCACAGUUAUCUACUAACAAGGCAAAAUCGUGCAGAGAGGAACAGGAUGGCAAAUCGGCCCUUUGCAACAAUCAAUCUCUUGCUUCCAAAUGAAAUAGAAAUACUCACCAAGUCUUCACCAAAUCCCAUCGCUAUGGAACCCCUAGUUAAAAACAAGGUUGCCAUAACAACUGUAGUAGUACUGCUACCAAGUGGUGAGGAUGGCGCACCUCCUGUCGGACAAUGUGGAAUAUGUUUUGCAAGUAUGCUAAUGUCUCACGGAAGCCAUUCUCACUCAGGAAUAAGAACACGAAUGGGACGGAAAAAGAAUAGAAAACGAGCUACUAUGACAACUUACAAUAUUUAAAGAAGGCUUGGCUGAUAUGGAUAUCAGCAGGGAUAUAGAUAGCGAUAGCCAGAUUUGAAUCAUUGCUCAUUGGCUGGCAAAGAAGCACUGCUUCAUGGUUAAGGUUAUAAAGGAUCAGAAGAAAGGAGUGUGAUCUUAAGUCAUAAUUAUUCUAGGCAAUCGUUGCUGCACUGAAAAAUAGAUGCACAAGAAACUGGAAAACGCCAUGACUGAUUUUCCAAAAACGUUUGUGUGGUUAUUGUUUAGUAUUUGCAGCAUCAGAACCUGCAUAGAAGCAUUGCAAGAUGUCAGUCUUGUGUGAUUUCAUAUCAAACAUGGUCUGCAGCAAUAGGAACUGCAUACUCAUCUUGGCCAUUGAAGCAUUGCAACAUAUUUUGAUGGCUAAAAAGACAUAAGCCAUGGUGGAACUACAUACAAACCUGAUUUUAUAACAAAAUGGCCAUGUGAUGGAGAAAAGGUUUUGGAUUUGUGGGAUUCAGUUUGAAGUUGGAGCAGAUGAAAAUGAAUUUUUCAAAGAAGAAAUUACUGCCAUGGUAGUUUAAAGUUGAUGCAUAAGUUGACUACAUAUUUUUGGUCACCAAGUAUUCAGCUGAAAAUCUACUUAUAUUUUUUUGAUAAAAAAUUGGGAAUCGUUACAUCAGUUCAUCCUUUCAUGGAGACUAACAUUCUAGUUGCACAUUAAAGUUUAGGUUAAAUGUUUGCCGUUUCCAAUCAAAAAUACAAUCACUCCAGAGGCUAAUCGAGGAUUUUGACUUGUUCAUCCCAUAACAGUUUUAUCCACAUUUUCAAGAAAUUCCUGGUCAGAAAGGGGAAUUCACAGGCAGGCAUUAAAGCUACAAGGGAAACUACUUCCAGUUUACAGCUGUUAAAAACAAAAUCAUGUUCAAGUGCUUGAAUGGUUUAUUUAUUUUUUGUUUAUUAAUAAAAUUGCCAAAAAGUUAAGAAGUAAUUACAAUUAUUUUGUAAUUCAUUUGAAAGGCUUGCACUAUAAACUGUACACUUUAAAAAAUUAUGUUCUGGUCAUACCAGCAUGUUAGAACAAUUAGUACAAUUGUGAAAAUGGAAGUACACAUCAAUAUUAAUGUGCCAUUCACGCACCACAAUUACCAGUGGAAUAUUUAAAAAAUUUGAAUUAUGAUUGGCUAGCAAAUUGCAAGUCUAUUAGUUAUGGAGAAGAUGAACAGAAAGAAACAGAAUCUGUCUUGAACGUUUGGAUAACUUAUCGAAAUUCUUGGUUAUUUGUUGUUACCAUUUUAAUAUUGCAAACCACGAAUAGAGCACACAGUAUAGAAAUGUUCACACUGAUGUCACCUAUUGAUAUUGUGCCAACCAUACAGAGCUCUAUGGACACUUCUCAAAAUUAUUUCAAAUGUGAAACUAAAACAUGGAAACAAAAUAAAUGCAACAAAUUCCAUUGAAAAAAAUUGUGGUUUAUUUUUGGUGUUUUCAUGCUAGCCUCUAGUCUCCUACGCAGCCACUAUUAAAGAUAUGGUGCAUGACAACACUAAUAGCAGCUGCGUAGGAGACUAGCUAGCCUCGCAUUUCAAGACAAUUUUGACAGAGGUCCAUUUGGCUACUGAAUCAAAGAGGUCUUUUGGUAGGCAACUACCAAAGAUUUCCGAUGUCAAUGCUUGUCAACCAUGAAUAUUGCUAUCCUAAGGGUUUCACAAUCAUACAAAAACUGUUUUAUCUAUGUUUAUUUCCUUUGCUUAUAAUAAAAUGUUUUUUAAGAUAUUGAAUUUUAAAGGCCAUAUCAUGGCAUCGUAUAAUUAUUUCUAACAGCAAGAUUGAAAUUACAUUAUCAAUUAUAAAACUAAAGAGAAAGGUGACAGUUAAAUAUUACUAAGCUUGCUUAUUUUAUUACCUGGAGUUGCUAGCAUAUUGUCAUCAAGUUCAAUAAGAAAGCAACAAAAUGUGAUACUGUUUGUUUAUGACCAUAUUCUUGCAAAAAUAAAUAUCAAUAUUGGUAA